AGGAGUGCCAACUCAGAGCCGCUGCUGCUGCUGUCCGUUCAUUUCCUCCUCUUAUUCCUCUCUCUCUCUCUCUCUCUCUCUCUCUCAAUCCACCAGGCUCGGAGGUGAUUCGGGGUUUAAUAUCUCGCGGGGGUUUGGUGUGUUUUCUGUGUGAGCGCCGACGGCGACGGCGCUGGAUAUAUAUAUAUAUUUUCCACGUUGUUUGGGGUUUGAACUUGUGCUUGCUUGCCCGCGUUGUAGUAGCGCCGCACACUGCGGGGGUCUGCACGCGGGCUUUGGGGAGCUUCUCAUUUCGGUCUGUUCACUGGAGCAUUGCGCACAGCACACACUUUUUCUUCAACGAGGGCUUGUAUGUUUUGUUCAGAGAAGAAUGAAUGCCGGAACGGGACGUGAGACGGCGGAACUCGCUCGGGUUCGCGUUUAAUGUGGAUUUCGAUGGAUUUGUGCGGUCGAGCUUGAUUGCGGAAAAAAAAACCCCGUCUGAUGGGAAAACGUGGCGCUUGAGGACGUGCUCACCAAGCUUCAUGCUCUCAGCUCAGGGGACCAUGUCUGUCCACAUUGUGGCCCUGGGCAGCGAGUGUCCUGGAGGUGUAGGGUCCGGAGAGGAGCCGGCUGCUCCAGCACAGGUGCAAGGCGGGCUGCUGUGGAGCUACCUUGGCCAUGGUGCCAGAGAGCUGGACCCCACGUCCGCUACUCCUUCCAGACACCCGCUGAACCCAGCCUUUAUGGAGUACCAGUCUAGAGUUUUCGGAGAUGUCCGAGUGAUGGUGCGAGAUUGCCCUAGCUGGGACUUGCUGGACAGUGACUGGGCCAGUGUGCGGAGUGUUUUGGAGCAAGCUGAUAUCGUGGUCAUUAAAUAUUCCGUAAAUGACAAGCUGGCAUUCCAGCAGGUCCGAAAUGGCUACGCCCCUCGACUCCGCCCCCUCCUGCGUCACUGGGGCAUGCCCGUCAUCCUGGUAGCGGUCGGCGCACGGCUCAACGAUGAAGGGCCGCCAUGCACCUGCCCCUUGUGCGCUUCCGACUGGAGCACUUGCGUUCCUCACGGCGAGGGGCUUCAGCUGUCUCGAGACCUGGGUGCCACCUACCUGGAGUUACCUUCCCUCAAUAACUUCUUCGUGGGUCGCUACUUCGGCAGUGUGCUUGAGUACUUCAUGAUUCAGUGUCUGAAGCAGAAAGCGAAAGAGAGACCUGACAAGAGGCGGGGUCACCGGUUUAAUGAGCCCCGCCCCCCGCACUUGGACCAACCAGCACGUCUUCCUCCUGUGCGAGUGGAGGAGUCCAGCUUCUCUCAGGACCUGCAGUGGUUGCUGGAGCGUGGCGCGCAGUUUGCUGAUGUGGUCUUUUAUGCUGGGGAUUCUGGGAAAGAGCUGGGAUGGGCACAUGCUGCUGUCUUAAGCGCCGUUAGCCCCUAUUUCAAGCAGCUGCUGGUGGGAAGGCAGGCGUGGGAGAGGCCCAUGUCCCGAUGUGCUUGCCGGGAGAGAGACAGCCCUCACUCUCUGCUGUCCACCUGGGAUGGCGGUUUGGAUGACCUGACCCGGACAGACGGCCACCUACCCGGGCAGCUGUCCCGGCUGGUUGUGAAGGACCCGCUGCUGUGUAUAUGCAUGUGGGAGACGCUGAUGUUUCUCUACAGAGGGGCCUGGGAGUGGGAGUUCCUGGAGGAGGCUUUGGCUGAGAAGCUCAAGAACCCUUUAGCAGUGGCCCAGCUGAUGGAUCGAAUACGCUCAUUCGUUGGGAGGGAAAAGGCCCUCAGGGACACGGCUGCUCCACGCUCUCAGCCCGGUCCUCAAACACUGGGAAACAUCUUCAACUCCCCUCUCUACUCUGAUGUCAUUUUCAUGGUGCAAGGCAAUGUCCUGCCCGCACACAGAGCUGUGCUCGUGGCUCGCUGUGACGUCAUGGCGGCCAUGUUCAGCGGCAAGUAUGCAGAAGCCCGUAGUCGAGUAGUACCCAUACACGGGGUCUCCUCCGACACCUUCCUCGCCUUCCUGGAGUAUCUCUACACAGACACCUGCUGUCCAGCCAGUGUGUUGCAGGCUAUGGCGGUACUCGUCUGUGCAGAGAUGUACCAAGUGAAGCGUCUGCAGCACCUCUGUGAGGUGUGUGUGUGUGCGUAUUUGCAGAGCAUGCCCAGUCGGGAGCUGGCCUCCACCAGCAUCAGUGUCAUCCGCUUACUGAGGAGAGCGAAGUGUCACAAUGCUGACCAGCUGUAUGUCUGGCUCCUCCACUUCAUUGCCAAUAACUACCUGAUCUUCAGCCACAAACCCGACUUCCUGGAGCUUUCAGGUGAGCUAUCUGACACCAUUUGCAAUAUCUGUUUAUAUAAUUACUACAAAUAAGGUGGACAUGUGGGGAAAAAAACCCUGCCCUGAACAGAUGUUACACCCUUAUAUAUUACCAUAUGCUAGUUAUGACACAACAGAUCAUAGAAACAGGAAAUGCUAAUGCGGGUCGAACCACCGGGCAUUCUGCUGUGCUGUGCAUAAUAAUUCAGGGCAGAAUAGUUUAAGCAACUCUUAAAGUACCCCUGAAUUAGUAUUAUUUUUGGUGGUUAGUUCUUCCUGAGGAUGGCACUCCUUAUAGAUCCAGAGUCCACGGUUCGAUCCUGAGCUCGGGAUGUUCUCGAAACAUGUCACGAGUCUGUAUGGGUUUCCUCCAGGUUCCUCGAUAUUGCCUAAACACAGCUCAGUUCUCUUAUUUAAUGAAUAAUAGAGUCAUUUAUUAUGAGAAAUGGAGUCUAAAAGUACCAGACUGACUAAUAAUAGACCGAGUUACUAUAGAAACGAUAACACAUUAGAACGAGCACAUAUUAUAAACCUCAACACUUUCUGACCAGUCAUAUUUAAGAAAUAUAACAUAAUAUAGUUAGAAUAGGUUUAUUACUUUUAACCUGUCUUAUACAUAUACACUAUAUGGCUGUAUAAUGUAUUAAUAAAAUAAUGAAGUAAUAUAAACAUUACAGCUUACAGACACACCUUUCUGGUAAAUAGUCAUGGAUUUUAAUACAGAAAAUUAAAGCACAUUUUUUUCAUUCUGUGUUCAGGCCUGAAAAUAUUCAUAAUAAUCGUAUAAUCAUAUUUUCAGCCAGGUACAAAGAGGCACUACACAUAUUUUUUCCUUUUCUACAGAUGAUUUUUAAUGAUUUAUUACAUGUCCAGGGGUACUUUAACAAAUAAUUCAAUGUUUUUCAGUCAAUAUUUCAGUCAAGAACAUUUUAUAUAUCAAAGACCAUGGGUGGGUCUCGAUCAGCUCACUAGUUCGGCUAUUUUAAAGGCUCACUAUCGGUCACAAAAGUCCUUCUUGUGCACUGAAACAUAAACAAAAUCCCAUAAUGCACUGGACAAAUCAGGGAGCAUCGAUACAUACUAUGUUCCCUUACUGGAAAUGAUGUCAUAUUGCCUGAAGCCUCUCAGAUUGAAUAUAUAUAUAUGGUGAACAAACUUCAUAGCUUGAUAUCAUUGUUGUAACUCUCAAAUGAUUACUUACAUUACUUAUCACAUCUAUAUACAGUUAGAUCGAGUCUACUGACAUUUAAGUGUUCAAUUACUUUUAAAAAUCCACUUGCUAGCCUACAGUAUGAUCCUGCUUUGAAAUAUCACGACAGAAAAGGGUGUGAUUAACCUUUUAUACGACAUGAAAACCUAAAUAUUUUAUAUGUUCGGGUUUUUAACCUGGUGACCGAUGAGGAAAUUAGCAUGUUGCCAGACAUUCCCGAUGUGUAGUGAGCCAGCGUCUUUACCAGUGUGUGAAUGUGUGUACAUAAUACACAGAUUCACUACCUAGGGAGCUAAGGAGCUGAUUGAGACGUAGCCCAUGGAAAAAAAACUGAUACAAAGGAUGGAUUCCUGAUGAUAUUCAACAUGCAAGUGCUAUUUUAUAUAUAUAUAUAUAUAUAUAUAUAUAUAUAUAUAUAUAUAUAUAAUUGCAGUUUUCAUGUAAUGUUCUGUGUUUAAGGUUAAUAUUUUAGAAAGCGCAUAAGGUAUAUGGUGAAAAGGCACUGUGUGGGUACGAGGCGGGGGUGAGGGGGUGUUGCUUGUUGCUGUGUUUUCUUCAUGAUCAUAGUGUUGCUGUUGGGCAGAGGAGGAGCGGGAGCAGGUGGAGCGGCUGCGCUGGCCCUCUAGAGGCUACCUGCAGGAGCUCAGCGAGUACCAGCAGCGCAGACGACAGCUGCGCAAGUCCCGCUGCAGCAUCAUG